UGCUAGGCGCUGACAGGUGCACGGGGGAAGACUCCAUCUUUUUGCAUCAUGAUGUAGGGCAAAAGGACAAGACACACACACAUACACACACUCACACACACUCUCACACUCACUGGGCUUGCAGAUUAAUACGGGGAGCGCGCGCGGAUCCAAGCGUGUGGAAGAGCCGCGGUCUUUACCAUGGUACUCGAGUGAAAGACUGGGGUAAAAGAGGCGGAGAGGCACCAGGAUGCGAGAGCGAAGGCGCGCUGCUCUUUGCGCUUUGCCUUUGGCUCAACGGACUCUUUUCUGCGCGUUUUAAUCCACGGGACCGAAGAAAUAUAUUUCCGAUCACACGCGACUUCAGAGUCCCUCCAUGUGAAGAUGCGUGUGUUAAAAGUGAGCGUCGCUCUCUUUCUCUUCUCCCUGCUAAUACCUGAAGUGUCUGCAAAAGAAAAGUCUGCAAAGAAGGGCAAGAAGAAGGGCAAACAAGUAUACUGUCCCUCGCAGUUGUCUUCAGAAGACCUUGCUCGAGUCCCAGCAAACUCCACAAGUAACAUCUUAAACAGGUUGCUGGUCAGCUACGACCCAAGAAUUCGACCAAACUUCAAAGGCAUUCCAGUGGAAGAUAAAGUGAACAUCUUCAUCAACAGCUUUGGCUCAAUCCAGGAGACCACUAUGGAUUACAGAGUGAACAUCUUUCUGAGACAGCGUUGGAAUGACCCUCGGCUCAGACUCCCCUCUGAUUUCAAGUCUGAUGCCCUCACCGUAGACCCAAAGAUGUUCAAAUGCCUUUGGAAACCCGACUUGUUUUUCGCCAAUGAGAAAAGUGCCAAUUUUCACGAUGUCACCCAGGAAAACAUCUUGCUGUUCAUUUUCCGCAAUGGUGAUGUGCUUAUUAGCAUGAGGUUGUCUGUCACACUUUCCUGUCCUCUGGAUCUGACUCUGUUUCCCAUGGAUACUCAACGAUGCAAGAUGCAACUGGAAAGUUUUGGUUACACUACAGAUGACCUAAAGUUCAGUUGGCAGUCUGGAGAUCCCGUACAAAUGGAUGAGAUUGCUCUGCCUCAGUUUGACAUUAAACAAGAAGACAUUGCAUAUGGAAAUUGUACAAAGUACUACAAGGGAACUGGUUAUUACACCUGUGUGGAGGUGAUCUUCACCUUGAGGCGCCAGGUUGGGUUUUACAUGAUGGGUGUCUAUGCUCCCACACUUCUGAUUGUGGUUCUCUCCUGGCUCUCCUUCUGGAUCAACCCGGAUGCAAGUGCAGCCAGAGUCCCGCUGGGUAUUCUGUCGGUGCUGUCGCUGUCUUCAGAGUGUACCUCUCUGGCCUCGGAGCUCCCCAAAGUGUCAUAUGUCAAAGCCAUCGACAUCUGGCUAAUUGCCUGCCUGCUGUUUGGCUUUGCCUCCUUGGUGGAGUAUGCAGUGGUCCAGGUAAUGCUCAACAAUCCCAAGAUGAUUGAGGCGGAGAAGGCCAGAAUGGCGAGCAGAGAGAAGGCAGUGGGAAACGCUCAGGCAAAGAGUAACACAGUCAAUGGGACUGGAGGAACCCCGAUGCACGUCAGCACCCUCCAGGUGUCAGAAACAAGGUGCAAAAAGGUGUGCACCUCCAAGUCCGACCUGCGGUCCAAUGACUUCAGCAUUGUGGGAUCGCUGCCACGAGAUUUCGAGCUGUCAAACUUUGACUGCUACGGGAAACCCAUUGAGGUCGGGGGUGGUCUGGGGAAGUCCCAGGCCAAGGCCCACAAGAAACCGCCACCGCCCAAGCCCGUGAUACCAACAGCAGCCAAGCGGAUAGAUUUGUAUGCCAGAGCCCUCUUUCCCUUCUCUUUCCUUUUCUUUAAUGUCAUAUACUGGUCCAUAUAUUUGUGAGAAAGUUGCAUUUUCCACCUCCCUCCAAUCCAUUUCCAUCAGUGUCUGUACUGAAGAUAAACUUUCCCAUCUAUCCUUGGCCUUGAAAGCAAAACUGCCUUGCAUUGGUGUAUAAUUCAGAAAAAAUAUAUUUACUGGCCUAAUAACCUGAUCUUUUUUUUUUUUUUACUUUCUUGUCUAGUGUAUACCGUUGAGUUUGGAAGGCUCUGAUUAUGCAUUCAUUCAUGAGGGUUUUAUCACUCUGACCGUGGCACUGAGCUCAAAGUCUGCUCCAAAUGCUGCAUAUUAAAGUUCUGUGCUUUGGAAUGGACAGUGAGGAGCAAGAGUGAUGAAAGGUAAUAAAAAAGUGAUAAAAGAGUGAUAAAACUUUUUAGUUUUUUAAUACUAAAUUAGUUUACAUUGCAUGUACAAAGUAUAUUAAAGAGUAUAUAAUGAAAUGUCCACAAAUUAUUAUAAUAUUAUUACUGUUAAUAAUGUGUUAUAGAGAUUCCUUAUUUGAUCACUGCAUUGUUGUUCUUAACGCUUAAUGACACGGCCUCCCUAUAAAGUGUUGUGAGAGUCCACCACUGAACAUGACCCAUGCAUUAAAUUUAUAUAUGUAUGGACAAAAUUAUCCUGUGAAAAAAUGUCCAAGCUAUUAAACCGAAUAAAACUCCAGAUUUGU